AUGGUCCUUCUGAGGAAGCUAAGGCCAUGUUGGGGUGAGGCCCUCACUUCAUCCAAUAAAGCAGUCCAUGACUUGGCCUCUGUAUCUGUCCUGUCCUGUUUAUACUCUGUCCUCAUCCAGCAUGACAACAAGGUGACCAUCAUGGAGGAUAAAAUCAAUGCCCUCAUUUUAAAACCUGGUGUAAAUGAUGAUUUGCUUGCAAAGGCCCUGGCCAAUGUUAACACUGGGAGCCUCAUUUGCAACACAGGUGCUGGUGGGCCUGCUCCAGCAGCUGGUGUGGCAACAUCAGGAGGUCCUGUCCCCACCACAACAGCUUCCUCAGCUGAGGAGAAGAAAGUGCAAGCAAAGAAGGAAGAAUUUGAGGAGUCCAAUGAUUACAUGGGAUUUGGUCUUUUUGAUUAA